UAAUUAUAAAUACAACAAAAUUAAAAGUUAUAAUUUGGAGAAUAUGAGUGGAGAAGGAAAGGUAGUGUGUGUAACAGGAGCUUCUGGCUUCAUAGCUUCAUGGCUAGUCAAGCUCUUGUUACAACGCGGUUACACUGUUAAAGCUUCAGUUCGUGAUCUUAGUGAUGCAAAGAAAACAGAACAUUUGAUUUCACUUGAUGGAGCCAAGGAAAGGCUACAACUAUUUAAAGCAAAUUUAUUAGAAGAAGGUUCAUUUGACUCUGUGGUUGAUCAUUGUGAAUGUGUUUUUCAUACUGCAUCACCUCUUACUUUCACAGUCAAUGAUCCCCAGGCAGAAUUGAUUGAACCAGCAUUAAAGGGAACACUUAAUGUUUUGAGGUCAUGUGCAAAAGUGUCUUCACUUAAGAGAGUGGUUUUAACAUCUUCCACAUCUUCACUUAUCUUUAAUGGAACACCACUCACUUCAGAUAUGGUCAUUGAUGAGACUUGGUACUCAGAUCCACUUUACUGUGAAAAUUCCAAACUUUGGUAUAUGCUUUCAAAAACCCUAGCUGAGGAAGGUGCUUGGAAAUUUGCUAAGGAAAAUGGAAUUGAUUUGGUUUCAUUAAAUCCUGGAUUUGUGAUUGGUCCAUUCUUACAACCAACUCUCAAUUUCACUAUGGAAAUGAUUCUCAAUAUUAUAAAUAAUGAAGAAAAUUUUCCAAAUAUGAUGUAUGAUUUUAGUGAUGUUAGAGAUAUUGCAAUGGCACAUAUUCUUGCAUUUGAGAAGAACUCAGCUAAUGGAAGAUAUUGUCUUGUUGCAAAUUAUAUGCACAUUUCUCAUACUCUACAAAUUAUACAACAACUCUAUCCCACACUCACCAUUCCUAACAAAUGUGAAUCAUAUCCUCUUGUGGAAGGACCCAAAACAUCAAAGGUGAAAGCACUAAGUUUGGGAGUUAAAUUCACACCAUUAGAGGUCACUCUAAGGGACACUAUUCAAAGCUUUAUUGAAAAGGGUUACCUCAAAAUUUGAUGAUAAACAAACAACUGCAAUAAAUUAGUCUUAUAUAUAUAUAUAUAUUUAUAUCUUUUGAUACUUAAAAUAUUGCAUGGUUAAUUUGAUUGAAUAAAUUGUUUUUAAUAUUGUAAGAAUUAUGAUUAUCUAAUCUUAUGAUUGGAUUUUUUUUUUUUUAUAUAUGAAUGUUACUUCAUAAAUGAGUAUUUUUCAAUAAAAUAACCAAUUUUAAUGAAGCAAUAUUUUAUUA